ACCCGAGUCCCACUGUCUGUGAUGUUUUCAGAGUUUUCCGAGCCGUAUCUACAGCAUGUUUACAUCGCCAGGAAUCGCUCAUUACAUUUCUACUUGAUUCAAGUAUUCUCAAUAUUUAGACUUUUUUUUACUCAUUUCAAACGUAGUUUACUUUAUUCUUGACUUUGUCUCAACAUUUAGACUUCUUUUUGAGCUUUUUCUCACAUUAACUUGAUUUCAGUCCAGACUGUAUUCCUUAACAAUUAAAGUUUGGGACUUUUUCGUGACUUCAUUCUGAACACUUUAACAGUGAUCUCGAUUUAAUUCUCGAUAUUUAAAAUGUUCUCGAAAUGUAAAAUAAGAUGAAAUCUUAGCUCUGUAAUUUUUUGUUACUUUUUGUUACUCUUUUACAAAACUUUUUCUCCAACCCUGCAGGUCAUUUUUCUCAAAGCGUGAAGCCACAGAGGGGGUGUGUCCUGCGCCUCUUAAAUAAAUAAAAGCUGGACACAGAAAGAAAGGGAGAGAGAGAGAGAGAGAGAGAGCGAGCACAGUUAAGGAACAAAUAACGACAGAACCACAACCUGGAUUUAAAGUUAAAGAACUUUAGCAUCUCUCUGAGCUCCCUGUGGCACCCUGAGGAGAGGAUCGGCUCACGGUCAGGAUGAAGCUGACGGUCCUGAUGUUUGGUUUCCUACAUGUGUCCUUCGUCAGUGCGGGACUCUUCUCCAGCAACGAUCUGCAGACCGCAGGAAGCUCUCUGUCCCGCAGCAGCAGGGCGCAGGUCUCGGAUACCGCAGAGCCUGUUAACCCCAAGAAGGGCAGAAAGAGGCCGCUGUUUGCGAGGAGAGGACAGUAUGAACGACAGAGAGUCCAGGUGCCGAAGGAAAGGCCCAAAAAGGUUCCUCUGAAUGACUUGCCCCCUCCUCCUGAUUCGGCGCUCAAACCCACAAAGCAGAAGUGCUCUCAGCUCACGCAGAGCUGCAUGCCGCAGUCAGGCUGCUGCGACGCUGGAGCAACGUGCCACUGUCGCUUCUUCAACGCCAUCUGCUUCUGCCGGAGGAUGAGCUCAUGACCAAAAACUUAGAGAAGAAAAAAAAAACCUCAAGACUAACACACUGCAGGCUUCUGUACAGAUGCAUCCUAAUGACGACACAACGCGACUCAUCGUGUUGAAUUAACCUCUUUUAAAUGUGUAUAUGAAGAAGUUUCCAUGAAUGUAUACCUCUUAUGAAAGGCAGCUGCUUAUAAAAACGAUAUUACUCAUCUUUUCCUCAAAUAUAUUCGUUCGUAUUUGAAGUUUUUUAAACAUUACAUUUUGUCUAUUAUCAUUUGUGUAUAAUGAUCCAUACUGCUGACAAUCUUGUAGCAUUUCCCCAGCAAUCUUGUCUUUCACUGCUUGUUUGAGUUGUUUGUUUAUAUUAUAUUAUGAUGUACGGUGGCCCUGAAGGCUCAACACAGUGCUUAUUACAGCCUGUGUCCAUUAACGCCUUUUCAUACGCUGGCAGCGCCCACAACUUAGAUUUCAGCGCAUGUCUCUUAGCGCUAACUGUUGCUAGGUUACAAAAGUUGGCUCACAUCACUUCUGCGUCCCUUGGUAGUGACGCCAAUGUCUGUUAUUUUAAGUUUCUGUAAACAUGAAAUCAAUGACAAGAUAUCAGUUGCAGCAGCGGCAAAGGAAUGGAGAGAAAGACCCUCGGAUGAGUUUCUCCUCUGCCAUUGUUGUUGAGAAAGCUGAUUUCAGAAGUCCCGCCCCUCUUGAUUUUGAUUGGUCGGUGAGGGAGACGUGACAUUGUGCUGUGAGACAAAAAUGGCCCUUUUCAGAGUGCAGUUCCACAGCAGUGUUUUAACUAAGCUCCUCCCUCAUUACGUCUUUGAACAUUCAUAUUUGUAACCCAAAGGUGCGAUAGUGGCGUUAAAGUCUCUGAAUUCUUCUUGCGGUGCGGCGUUGUUGAAGCACAACGUGUAGAGAAAAAGCUGGAGUGCCACAUACACACACUUUGACAUGCACACACACACACACACACACCACUGCUCUCCCCUUCUGUCACUUCGUCCCCCCAUCGUGCCGCCAUUAUGGUUAAUUUCAUGGAGGUGUAAUGUGUGGAUGAAGGGAUCCCACCUCUGUGCCGUCUUCAGGGGUAGUAACAGCGGCGAAUCAGGGGUGGGAUCAGCGCUGAGUGUGUAUGUGGAGCUCCCACUGUUUCUCUUUACAUCGUGCUUCCACAUUGCUGUAACACAAUGUGAAUUCACAGACUGGAUACCAAACUUACAUCAUUGCGGUAUCUAUGAAUAUGCAAAGAUGUAAAGGUUGAGCUGAGUUGCAGCGCCGUUAUGGAAAUGUCUGAAACAAGCUGUAGUGAAGGCAGGACGUCACUGGGGCGUAAAUAUCGCACCCUGAACGAGCCGUCUGAUCAGGCUAAGGAGAGCGUUUUUGUGCUCAGGAUGCUGAGCGACAAAAAGAAGAAAAUGUGCGAUGCCAGCGCUAAAAAAAAUAAACUACAAAAAUGGAGACAGGCCCAAAAUAAAACCCUUAGCACCCAAAAAAAGCGUCUUGACAACACGUCCACAAAAUAAAAACAAAGAUGCAGAACAGAAAAAUUAACCAAAGACACAUUUAAUAUAUUAAAUAUCAAACUCUUUGUGUUGUUGCAACAUCUCGAUGUGUUUAUUUGGAGUGUUUUAAAUACAAAAUAUUCUUUGUCAAACUGUUGAAGGUGUUUGUGUUUCAUGUUUUUAUUUUGCACUUUGUUGAUCUCCUGAGAAACCGACGUGACGUCCUUAAUCGUUUGGAUUAAACAUUUAAGCUUGAUCUGCUUAAGGAAAAUGUAACAGUGCGAUGUUACAUGAAGUUAUAUGAAGCUUUUUUUUUUACAAUAAUAUCGAUCUCCUGCAAACGUAUUUCUGCUGUCUUUAAAGUGUUUGACAAUCACUUCACCUGCAGAAAGAACGAUUCUUUAAAGCCCUGCAUUAGUUUAAAAAAUAAAACUGUACAGAUCAGUAAAGUGAUGUUUAAGUGCAACAUGUUGGUGAGAACAGGAUCCCACUCUGUAAAUAUGUGUGCACAUGUUUGUGUUCUGUCAGUGUUUCAGAUUGGGCAGCCUGCUGUGAAAAUGAAUCAAUAAAUGAGGUUUGUCAAAAGAA